GCGGCAGACUAUUGAGAGGGGUGAAGCUGAUGCCAGGGUGAGGAGCCUGGAAGUAACAGGCGGGUAAUGCCAGAGUUGUCACCUGCACAUCAGGAGAGGUAACAGAACAGGAGUAAAAUGUCACGAGAGAACACUGUGCAGCUUGUCCGCUACCCUGACAGGGGGCAAUCCUUCUUGCCAGCAAUUCCAGUACAUAGAGUGGAGUUAUUAGAAGACAGAUUAUUUAACCAAGAAAAGACCACUACUACUCUCCUAGAUCAAGCCUUCAAGAUAAAAGAAGAUGUAGCCAUGCUGCGAGGAAAUCGUGGCCAUCCCUGGGACUUAAUGGCCCAACGUUUACUUGAAAAUCACAUGCAGACAGUCAUACAAAUAGUCAAGCAACUGGGCAAAGACAUUGAGGUUUUGGAAAAUGAGAUAAGAACCAGAGAUACAGUCAGCUCAGGAACAAGCUUUGCUGUACAAAGCCUGGACAGGAAGCACCUAGCUGGGAUUGGCGAUCUGCGAGGUCGUGUGGCAAGAUGCGAUUCCAGUAUAACAAAAUUAUCAGGAGAUCUAAUGACAACUAAACAGGAGGUGCGUGCUCACGAGAAGGAGCUUCACAAUCUCAGUGCCGCUCUGGAAGCACGUAUGAAGGAGCUUGACCUUAAGGUGUUGCAGCUAAUAGGAAAAAUGGAAGCAUCCAUUUUUGAACAGAACAACAAAGUGAAGAACACCCAAGGGGAACAACACCAUGAAAUCCAGCUUCUAGAUUUCAAACUUGCUGGCUUUCUAGAAGACAUCCAAGGACAAAUCCAAAACCAACGCAAGUGGGCUGAAUCCCAGUUAGAAAGAACAGCAGACGGUCAGACUCAGCACAUACAACAACUCAUCAAUGCUCUGAGAGAAAGGAUGGAGGAUACAGAAAAGAGAAUACAAGAGAAUGUACAUCACCUGACUUUAAAAGUAGACAACACUAACCAGGCACAAAGACUGGAAGCGAAGUUCAGCAAGCUGAAGCACACAGAGGACAAAAUGGCUGCCAGAAUCACAAAACUUGAAAGCCAAAUCUGGGAUGAGAUUGAAAAUAUGAAAAGUGAAUACAGAGCAGGUUUCCAGGCAAUACAGGAAUCUUUAAACUCUCUUCAACAAAUCCAAGAGACAAAAGUGAAACUAGAAAGCAGAAAAUUCCAGAAAGACAUCAAGCAAAUACGACGGAAAAUUGUGGAAAUUAAAGAUAUUUGAGAUAUUCUUGGUAACAUGAUGUGCUGCAAGGCUCAUUACAUUACAGCAUUCAUAUCAAAUGAUCCUAGUGCAUCUGCCCUGAUGAAGUUGCCAUUUGAUGUGUGAGUUGUUUGUUAUGUAGACUUCCUAGUCUACUUAGAAUUUUUCCCUUAAAAAAAAAUUCUGGCAGUGUUACAGACUCAUUACUGUAAAAUAAUGGAAUGUAAUGAAUCGCUACACCAGAAUCUAUAAAAUAUAAAAAGAGCAUAAAUAAAUGAAAGCAUUACAAUGAUCAGUGUAAUACAUCAAAAGAAGCUGCGGCCUGAAUCAGUGUGACUUCAGUUUUCUUCUGUGUAGCAUUUUUUUAACCAAAUAUUUAAACACAACAACGAGUAAAAAAAUAAAUAAAUAAAUAAAUAAAUACAUGAAUAAAUACAUAAAUAGAUAGAUAGAUAAAGCUACUUACCCCCUAGGUGCUUUGAGAACAGACAUAGGUAGUUAUAUACAGUACAUUAAUUAACAUUUGACUUUUUUUUACUCUAGUAAAGCUACUGUGUGAACUGCUACUUUAAUAAAUGUAGGCAUUUCUGCAAACAUAUUUACUACUCAAUUGCAUGUAGUAAAUGAAGCAAACGGCCUAUAGUGCAGAUCAUGGUUAGACUCUGUUCACAUCAGAUUGUGCCCUUAUGUUUAGUAUACAGACCACCAUUGUUUAAAAAAAAUAAGUAAAUAAAUAAAUAAAAUACAGUUUUGUGGUGACCGGCUUAUAUGAGAGCACAACAGGUUUUGCAACCUUUAACAGAGGUAGAUCCUCUAUUUCCCAAAUCUAAAUUGAUGCAAUGUCUAAGGGAUUAUUUCAGCUUCACCUUUUAUGGCCCUCACAGUUGUGUGGGGUUCACCACAGGGAAUCCCCAGGUUCUAGAUGCUAAGGAUAGCCUGGACUUGAAAAUAUGAUAGCGGGGACAAAAGAGUAGUUAAACCAGAGCAUAGGAGCCAUACCAAAGUCUAGAAGAGACAAGGUUUUUGGAAAAGCAUAAAAUUGUACUUUCCUAUAUCGUGAAAAGAGUAUACAGUUGUACACCAGCUGUGGAUUACAAAUGAACACUACGGCAUUUGUUGGGUCAGUAGGGAGCUAUGCACACAAUCAACAUUUCAUCAGCUUCUCCAGUGGUAAUAUAGAAUCACAUGGUGGCCAUCCAUGUAAUACCAGGACAGCAUGAGAACAGGGGACCCCCUAUGAUGCCUAUAUGUCCUAAUCAGACAUUUAGACAGUCUCGUUAAGAUCUUUAACCCAUUGGGGACGGAGCCAAUUUUGACCCUAAGGACGAGAGCAUUUUUUGCAAAUCUGACCUCCUGAUGUUAAAAUGGUCAUACCAAAUACAUUAUAUAUUGAUUCAAAUAUACAAUAUGUCUACUUUAUGUUGGCAUCAUAAAGUUUACAUGUUUUUACUUUUUGAAGGCAUUAGAGAGCUUCAAAGUACAUUUUCCAAAUCUUCAUGAAAAAUUCUAAAUCGGAAUUUUUCAGGGACCAGUUCAGUUUGAAGUGGAUUUGAGGGGCCUUCAUAUAAAAGAAUACCCCAUAAAUGACCCCAUUAUAAAAUAUCCCAUAAAAACUGCACCCCUCAAAGUAUUAAAAAUGACAUUCACAAAUUUGUUAACCCUUUAGGUGUUUCACAGGAAUAGCAGCAAAGUGGAGGAGAAAACUCAAAAUCUUCAUUGUUUACUAACAUGUUCUUAUAGCAAGGAGUAAAAGGAGUAAAAGGAGAAAAAUCCCCCUUAAAUUUGUAACCCAAUUUCUCUUUUGGUAAUACCUCAUAUGUGGAUGUAAAGUGCUCUGGGGCGCACAACAUGGCUCAGGAGGGAAGAGGCAACUUUAAGAUUUUGGAAGACAAAUUUUGCUGUCAUGGAUUUUGGGGGGCAUGUUGCAUUUAGGAAGCCCUCAUGGUACCAGAACAGCACAAACCUCCACAUGGCCUACUAUUUUUGAAACUAAACCCCUCAAGGAACAUAACAAGGGGUAUCGUGAGCCUUAACACCUCACAGGUGUUUGAUGGCUUUGCAUUGAAGUUGGACUUGAAAAUAAAAAUUUGAUUCUUAACACUAAAAUGUUGGUGCUACUCCAAAUUUUUCAUUUUCACAAGGGGUAAUAGGAGAAAAAGCCCUACAAAAUAUGUAACCCCAUUUCUUCUGCGUAUGGAAAUACCCCAUAUGUGGAUGUAAA